ACAGCCAGGAGGAUUUCAAAUCUUCAGUGGCUUAUCUUCGAAAAUCAAUUUAACUUCUUUAGCGUGUGUAAGACAUGUAUGAUAAAAUGAUGUCUCCCAGAAACGCUCAAAUGAUGUGUCUAGCUUUCAUGUUAUGGGUGUCGGGCCCUCAAUGGUGUGACGGUCAGUUGAUAGAGCUGAAUUUUUCAACCGGCUUCAACUACAGCACGCCUCUCAGCUGCCCGACCACCGUGCCACCCAACGACUGCAAGCCGUCUGCCUGCUACUGGUCGGGGUCAAGGUCAUACUGCUGUAUGGCGGGUUUAAAAACAGUUACAGGCGUUACUUAUUAUCAAUGUAGAUGUUACGGCAACGUGAACUGCGCUGUUGUUACCACAUCAACGACUACCACCACAACUACUACAACGACUACACCUACCACAACGACUACACCUCCAACAACGAAAACAACGGUCACCAAACCCCCAACUACCACCAAAACGACAGCCCCUAAGCCCACGACCCCGCCCUUUUUCUACUCGACCCCCUAUUACUGUAAGAACCCCGUGCCUGCGACCAAGUCCAAAAUGUGUGAGAGUGCUGACCCUUGCUUCCUCUCUACCACCAGGAGCAGUUGCUGCAUAUCCGUGUCUCCUACGAAUAUACCAGUUUUCAACGGUGAUGGAACUUUGAGAAACGAAACGACAAUUCAAGCAGUGGAUCAAUGUCAUUGCACACCUGAUGUAGUCUGCCCUGAAGAAUUACACCCUUGAAGAACCUUUCACAGUUAAGUUGUUGACAUCAAAGGAGAUUGUUUUGCUUUAAAACCUGAUGUCAUUGCACUUGUUAUUUUAAAAAAAGAGACAAUAAUUUUCUAAAUAAAAGUUAACA